AUGCUCAUGCAGUCCGAUAGUGAUAGUCGUAAAGAAGAUGAGGACUCUUCUGGACCUGAUGACGAGAGCGAGGCGUGGAUAGAUGGCAGAGUGGAAGAGCAAGCUCCCACCGUGACUGAUGAUAUUCUCAUCGACCCCGACCCGAGUCGUGAAUCCGAGGUACGGUCCUUCGAGAAGGAACUUGCAUUGGAAGAAGCUAUACUGCAAGAGCUCACUCCCUUGAAACGAGAAGGUCCUGACGAGCCACUUACAAGGGCAGCUCCUAAGACAUCUGUGAGACAGCUGAUGCAGGACAUUGAAAACGCCAGAGAACUGACGAGACGAGUUGAGGUGGCUCGUCGAUGGUCUGCCAUGAAUGAGCGCACGACGCCUGUGAAGGUUAGGAGUCCUUUGAGACCGACGGUACAUGUCGCGAGUGUUGGAGCGGACUGGUCUGCCCUCAUGGAAACAACCAACGCAUCACAAUCGGAGAUUUGUCGGACUUGUGGUUCGCCAGUGGCCUCGGCUGUGAACAUACCAGUAGUAGAGAAGAGCUCUCAUCGCGGUCUGUUGUACAGUCGGAGUGACACUUCUCCGGGGGCUAACGGUAUCGAUAAAAAGCCGUAUACGCCGCCUCUGCCGUCACCGAGCACGGGCGCGGGCCGGGACGCACCUUAUGUAUGGCCCGUAUCUAGAAAGACUCCAAUGCUAUCCCGCGAAGACCCUAUAGAGGAGCCCUCCUCACCCAAGUUGUACCUCCCUGUACCGACUAUACCUCUGCCAACGGGCAGCACUCUACCGCAAAGUGGCUUCUAUACAGGAAGUUACGGAAGAGUGGUAUCAAGUUCCGUUGCGAGUCCUCCACCACGGCGAACAGAAGACCGUUCGACGGGUGAUUGUCCCGUCACAGUGUCGACAGCUGAGACUCAAACGAAUCCGAUGGAGUUGACUACGACUCGUGAGUUUGCUGAGCCGAGGUUGGAAGCAGCAGCUUCGAGGACCACCGACUAUGAUACACCGUAUCACGAGGUUCUGCGGGAUCGACUGUGGCGAUCAGCGGCACACGUGACGGGCGGACAUGAUAGGGAAGAGCUCGUCCUAGUUGAUGGCAAGAUCGUCUCGUACAAUCGCGAGAGCGAUCCCCCUGUUGGUCACGGUGGAAGGACCCGGCAGUCCACGACCGGAGAGUCUCGACAUACAGCGCUGAGUUCGACCAAUGAGUCUGUCGUCUCGGGUCCUUCUGUACAGCCUAAGGUGACCACAGUUAGAGGAAAUGACCAUCUCGUAUACGCCUACAGAGCUCGGGUCACCGCAUGUGACUGGCGAGCCGCUGGGAGCUUUUUGAGGGCCGGGAUUGGCAACUCGGAAGAUGUUCUCUGGGGCGAACCAAUUACUACUAGGAUCAAAUGGGAGGUCGAUGAUGUGAUUACGGUUGUCGGAGUAGCCAGACCGGCCCCUAGAGAGAUGUAG